AUGAGCGAAAACUUUACAGUUCGCAAGUAUUCAAGGGUAUUCAUACUUCAAGACGACACGUUUGGAGUAUGUACUUUUUUUGGUUGUGCUAGCUCCAGUAGACACACUGAACGUUCCUUCUUCAAAAUACCUAGUGCAAACACGACGGAUGGAGACGAAACAACUGCUUUAAAGAGUACUGCCCAGGCAGAAUGGCUGAGGCUGCUCUUGAGAACGAGAGAAAUUACGGAGGAUUUAAAGACACGCAUUGAUGCGAAUAAUAUAUGUUUGUGCGACCUUCAUUUCAAACCCGAGUGUAUUAUUUCGCGUAAGUACGUCUAUGGGUUUUAAUUAUACUGUAUUGAUUUGAAGUCUGAUCUUUACAAGUUCAAUAGAUAGAACAAAGAAUUUCUUUGUUCUCGAACAAAGAAACCAUUCUAUAAUGCAUUAUUUAUAAGUCCACAGGCAUAAACAAAAUAGUAUAUAACUAUAAACGGUUUUAAUAUAUAUCUGACCUUCUCGAGGCAUAAUUGUGUUUAUAUAGGGGAUGAUUUACUAGGACUUGUGUCUAUUUCUAGCCUAUACUGUAGCUUUGAUGCAUGGAAGUAUGGUACUAUGGGAUUUAUAUAUUGCAGGGAAUUAGACACUGAUAUUUGACCUGUCAAAAUAAAUAUUUUGGCCAGUUAAUAUAUAACAUUUUCUUGCUAAAUGACAUGUCUGUAAUUCAAUGUAUUGAAUGCAAAAGCUUGAAUAAUGUUAACAAAAAAUUUCAUGGCAGACAUUUAUUAUAUGUCCAGUGUGAUUAUUUCAUUUGCAGAUCCAAAAAGAAAGGUUCUGGCUACUGGCACUGUUCCUACAGAGAAUUUACCAACACAAAGUCAUGAGGGGGAGACUAAAAAGCAUCGUGUUUUGGUGAAACAUACAUUUCCAGACCAACCCAGCACAUCUACUGGUGUUACCUCCUCAACCUCCACUAUAAAUGCCCUGUUAAACCAGCUUCGAAAAAGUGAUGUUCUCAGUUGUUGGAAAGUACUUGAUGAUACCAGUAGUGGAUUCAAGAUGGAACUAUAUGAUGACUGUCAUUCGGUGCCAAAAUAUACGAUGAUUUGUGAUUCUGGUUUGACGUUUACCCUCUUUACCUACCACUGGCCUAUCCCUGAUGAUCACACAUUGUAUCAAGAAUAUAAUCGAUCUGUUCGAGCUGAGAACAUAAAUAAACUUUUACGUUCAAUUGAAUCUUCACAAUUGUGUGAAGGAUUGCCCCACAUCCCAGAUGUAAAAGAUAUUGCUAUUGACCCAACUAGUAAUGACAGAGUCCCAGGAACAAUUCUUCGCCAUUCAGUACCCAAAAAACUGGCCAAUAAUGAGGCAGUGUAUGAAGUCUCUGUUUCUUUCAGAUCAGUUGAUUGUACCGUUUUAAAGGAAUCCCAAGAUCACCAGGAUAACACAUGUAAGCCAUGCUCCGAUUCAUUGAAGGCAAUUACUAAAGCAAGUAAGCAAAAAUCAAGAUCAUCUUCUGUACCGGCCAAAGCCAAAGCACCAUUGUCAGCUUGUGGACCUGAAAAACUUCGUGCUACUGUCAAGGCUACACGACUGCAGAAUAAACAGCUAGAGGACAGGCUAGAAAUUCUGCAGGCAAAGAUCGAAAAAGAUGGUAUUGGA